GGCUGGCUGGGGAGGAGUCGUCGCGCUGUUUCCUCUCGUCAGUUCUGAAACCUCCUCAGUCACGCCCCCGGCACUGACUUGUCCUCUCGGACGUCGAGGGGGGCGCCCCGACUUGGCGCGGCGGAUGGCGCGCGCCCCUCCCGGCGGGUCCCCGCCCCCUGGCCUGCGCCCCGCGUCCCCGAGGCCGCUGGCCCGGCCCCGCCCCGUGGAGGCCAGCCCCGCCCGUUACCCCGCCGCCAGCCCCCUCCGAGAGCCCGGACCGGCCCCCUGGCUGCAUCGGCCGCGGGGACCGCUGCUCGGGGCCUCCGCCGGCCGCGUCCGCUCCCGCCCGGGACCAUGGCCGCCGAGGGGGCGCGGCACCUGCUCUUUCAGUCUCACAUGGCAACAAAAACAACUUGUAUAUCCUCACAAGUUUCUGAUGAUGAACAGAGACAAAAAAGAGAAAAUGUUCGUUCUUUAGCUAUGGGUGGCCAUGUUGGUUUUGAGAGUUUGCCUGAUCAGCUGGUCAACAGAUCCAUCCAGCAAGGCUUCUGUUUUAAUAUUCUCUGUGUGGGGGAGACUGGAAUUGGAAAAUCAACGCUAAUUGACACAUUGUUUAAUACUAAUUUUGAAGACCAUGAAUCCUCACAUUUUUACCCACAUGUUAAACUUAAAGCUCAGACAUAUGAACUCCAGGAAAGUAAUGUUCGAUUAAAAUUGACCAUUGUGAAUACAGUGGGAUUUGGUGACCAAAUAAACAAAGAAGAGAGCUACCAGCCAAUAGUUGACUACAUAGAUGCUCAGUUUGAGGCUUAUCUCCAAGAAGAGCUGAAGAUUAAGCGCUCCCUCUGUACCUACCACGACUCCCGCGUCCACGUGUGCCUCUACUUCAUCUCUCCCACAGGCCACUCCCUGAAGACGCUGGACCUCUUAACCAUGAAGAGCCUCGACAGCAAAGUGAACGUUAUACCAGUGAUUGCCAAAGCAGAUGCAAUUUCUAAAAGUGAAUUACAUAAGUUUAAGAUCAAGCUCAUGAGUGAAUUGGUCAGCAAUGGUGUCCAGAUAUACCAGUUUCCAACAGAUGAUGAAACUAUUGCUAAAAUCAAUGCUUCAAUGAAUGGACAUCUGCCAUUUGCUGUUGUAGGAAGUAUGGAUGAAGUAAAAGUUGGAAAUAAGAUGGUCAAAGCUCGCCAGUACCCUUGGGGUGUUGUACAAGUGGAAAAUGAAAACCAUUGUGACUUUGUAAAGCUCCGGGAAAUGCUCAUUUGUACAAACAUGGAGGAUCUGCGAGAACAGACCCACACGAGGCACUAUGAACUUUACAGGCGUUGCAAACUGGAGGAAAUGGGCUUGACAGAUGUGGGCCCAGAGAAUAAGCCGCUCAGUCUUCAAGAGACCUAUGAAGCCAAAAGACACGAAUUUUAUGGUGAACUUCAGAGGAAGGAAGAAGAAAUGAAGCAGAUGUUUGUGCAGCGAGUAAAGGAGAAAGAAGCCAUCCUGAAAGAAGCUGAGAGAGAGCUACAGGCCAAAUUUGAGCACCUUAAAAGAGUUCACCAAGAAGAGAGAAUGAAGCUUGAAGAAAAGAGAAGACUGUUGGAAGAAGAAAUAAUUGCUUUCUCUAAAAAGAAAGCUACCUCCGAGAUAUACCAGAACCAGACCUUCAUGGCAUCAGGCAGCAACCUGAGGAAGGACAAGGACCGGAAGAAGGCACCAGCCUAUCGAUUCGAACUCCUGUGCUUUGAUGUCAGAGCUUGUGAGACCACUGGUGGACCUAAAGAUGCAGAGGAAGCUCCAAUUUUAUGUAAAACAAAGGUUCCAGAUCACAGAAAGUCAUCACAAGCAAACGUUAUUAAAAUGUUAGAAGUGUGCUUUGAUUUUCUUGCUGUUUUUAUUUGUUCUAUCACUUAUUUUAUAUCUGGCAAAUGGCCACAGUAAUUACCAUUUAUGGAAAAAUAUGUUUAAGUGUAGGGGCGAUACAUAAGCCAGAGUGGACAUCACUUACGUCUUGAGUGUUGUUAGAAGUUUUUAAGUUGCUGGCUUGUGAUGAAUCUAGAUCAUUUCUCCUACUGCCCAGUUAUUGUCACUUUGCAGUGCUUUAUACCACAGAGCAAAGUGUCGGUGCCAUUGAAAAUACAGAGCUCAUUCAUAUGAUGGCCAUCUGAUUGCAUUUAUAUUCCAAGAUGAAACUUUGUUUUCUGCAUUCUAAAGGUAAAGUUUUAGGGAUAAGUUUUAAAAUGUAUUACGUACCUGAAACACUAACCUCUCAAUAGUUUUAUGGAACUUUUAAAUUUUUGAUACAGUGAUCCAAAUGGUAACAUGAUCUAAGUUUUUGUAUCAAAUUAUAUAACAUAGUGGCCUUCCAUGCUUUAGUAUGCUUUAUUGUGAUUGAUGUAUUGUUGUGAUGAAACAAAAUAUGUUUAAAAGUAAAAACAUCCAGGUAUAUAAAUCCCUUUUCUAGUGACAAAUACCUUUGAACCUGGAUGUUAUCAGACUAUUAUCAUUAGGAUGUAUUACAUACUUGUUUAAAAUUCUGUCUUCCAGGGGAAGAAAUAAUAAGGUUGAAUCAUCUUUUUAAAAAUAUUUCUUAAGAAAAUAACUAUGAACAUCUGAAUGUUAAAGAUACAAGAGUUUAGAUAAUUCAUAUCCUAAGGGAUAUUUGAAUUCAGUGCCUUAGUAGUAUUCUCAGAACAAUUUAGUGGGUUUCUAACUUUUUUCUUAAUGGUCAUAGGGUAUAAGUCUUCAUACUUUGUACUGAAUAUUUUAAAUAAAACUGACAUUUAAUCCUGACAAAAUGUAUCUACAUAUUUACUAAAAUGUAUUUAAAUUACUUUAACUUUUCUUUUUGCAAACUGUCUUCUUAAGAAACAUUUUAUCAAAACUAAUUCAUCUAAUUAUAUAUUUGAAUUAAGACUUGGGUAUAUUACCAGUAUUUUUUUUAGACAACAAAAUGUUUUACUUAGCCUAUGUCAGAUUCUGAGCAAUGUGUUUUUUCGUGAAGUUGUAUAAUAGGCUGUAAAUAAAACCUUUAUUUCGUAGCACAA